UCAUUUGGAUAAUCGAUGGUUGUCGUGAUAAAUAAGGAAAUAAUCGAUGAUUAUUUUUGUGCGUUAGGUUUUAUUUGUUUUAUUGAUGAAAAAAUUCUAGUCUCUCUCGAUUCCCCGAUUAUCGUCAAGGUAGUAAACGUUAACACGAUCGAAACAAGACGAGAGUUUUAAAUGAGAGCAGUGGAACGAAGUUCCUCAUUGACGUACGAACCCCCUUUUUAAGCAUAGGUUAGAUUAUAAGCUUUUCCCUUUUAAUUAUUUCAUAAUGACAGCCGAGUUAAGCUAAAAGUGCUCUCGGUCGUUCGCGUGCGCGCAAGCGCAUUCUCUCUCUCUCUCUCUCUCUCUCUAUCUAUCUAUGUAUCUAUCUGUCUGUCUCUAUCUCUCUUCGACUCUGUUUCUCAACGUCCCCUCUGAAAAUGCGGAUGUUAUCGCGUUUCAUAGACAAACGUUAUUAACCCUUAACUACUGUCAUACGCAUACGUUCCGAACACGCAUUACGUUCGUGCCACGAUACACGUUGCAUUCUUACCUAUUUACUCGCUUACUACCCUCUCUUAAAUUAAACGAAAGCUAAAAAGAAAAGACAGAAGUGAAAGUGACGGAAAAAGAAUAAACGACUUAUCAAAUUUCUCUGUUUUUACAAUAAAACCUAAAAAUAAAUUUUAUACGCAUAACUUGACAACUACGAUCGAUCAAAUAUAUAUUUUUGUUUAUUUCUAACAAUAAAAAACACGCGUACGUGUAAAACGACUUGUUCAUUUUAUCCUUUUCUGAAUCAAGUAUUACAAAAUAUAUGAUAAAGAAAAAAUUCGAUCGAAUAUUUUUCUCUUAUUAUUCUUAAAAGAAAGCGCACGUAUAAAGUAACUUGUUGAUUCUAUCGUUUUCUAAAUUAAAAAAAAGAAAAAGAAGAAGAUAAGCGAUAGAUAUAAAGCAAAAAAAAGAAAUAAAUAAAAAGAAAAAUCUCUGAUCGAUCAGAAAGAUAUUGUUAUUUUAAAAGAUAAAAUAUACAGUGACAUUACACACGUUGCACGUAGACUCUGUUGUUUUCUAAAUUGAAUAUAAUAAAUAAAUGAAUAAAUAAAAAUAUAGAGAAACCAUCACGAUAUAUAAUAAUAAUAAUAAAAAAGAGAGAGAGAGAGAAAGAAGAAAAAUUCGUGGUCGUUUCUUUUUUUAAUUGCUUUGCUUCAAAAAUAAUAAAAAAACAACACGAACGUAUCGACAUCGGGUAUCUCUCGAGACUCGGCUUGAUUCGGUUUCGAUUUGCAUGGCUUGCCUAGUUGGUGGUUCGAAACCACUAUUAAAAGUUGCAGUUGCUCUUCGAACGUGAACGCGAAUACAUCGUGGUGCACUUUAAUCAUUAUCAUUAUUAUUAUUAUUAUUGUUGUUGUUGUUAUUGUUAUUGUUGUUAUUGUUGUUGUUGUUUUAUUAUCACAGAUAUCAUCAAUUAUUUUCUCUAAUUAAAAUAAAAUACUACAAGAUCUUUUAUGUUUAUUAGUGAUUUGUCGUAUUUAAUUUUUAUAUCAUAAUUUUUGUAUAUUAAUUCAAAAAGACGAUCGAUAGGAAAGGAAAUCUUGGAGAUCCACGGAACAGCUGACACGGGGCAGUACGACUUCGUUGGAACAAAGCACGUCAAGUGAUAAAGAGGGUAACACGGUGAAUAAACAGACGAUACCCAAGAUCAUGAGCGUUUGUAAGAACACGAUACGCUGGGUACUCCUGAUCGAUAUCCUGAUAGCAUUAACAGCGCACGCAUCACUUUUCUUUUGGAAUAAAAUGACACUACAAAAUGCAUCCGAUUCGCACAACGAAGAAAAAUGGAAACACAAAAUUGUUCGUAAUUGGGAGAAGAUAGUUGCAUUGUCAUCCCAACGACGUAAUCAGUACAGCUUCCUGAUCGUGCUUAUGGGAUUAUUGGAAUUUGGAAAAUUUCCACGCAAUCAAAUCGGCUUUCUUUGUAACGAUCCAAAACUUUCGUUCAAAUUUAUGGGGGAUACCAUCUCCGUUCUUGUUUUACUUUGUGUCACCGCUUUUAUGCCGAUUGUUGUGAUGUGGGUCACAGAAUACACGUGUCAUGCUAGAAAUUGUUACGAUAAGGAAACGGAGUGUAACGAAUCAAGAUUAAAGCAAGUUUGGUUUUGGUAUGGCCAUUAUACAAUAGGAAUUGUCGCACUUGUUGUUGGUUGUAACAUUAUGAAAGUUGUCGUCGGAGAACCCAGGCCACAUUUCUUUGAUACAUGUCAACCAUUAGAAGCUCAAAAUUGCACCAACGAGUAUAUCGAGUCGUAUACUUGCACGAAUUCGAUCGAUUCGAAUUGGUUCAUAGAGGAUUCGAGUAAAUCUUUUCCAUCGUCUCACUCGGCUCUUUCUGUGUUCACGUCGAUUUUUAUUGGUAGUUAUCUGCAAGAACGUAUGACGGACAAAACCUUACUUAUGAAGGCAUGGUUUCAAUUCUUGACAUCAAUAUGGGCAGUAAUAUGUUCGUUGAGUAGAAUUGCAGAUCACAGACACCAUUGGUGGGACGUUUUGGCCGGUUUAAUUAUAGGAACGAUCACUGCCAUCUUAGUCGUGAUAUUUCGAGUUAACUUAUUCCGUUUGGAAAGAAAAACAUCGUCCAAACGAGUUAAAAGUGAUUUCAUUGGUAACGAGCAAGUUGCUUGUUUCGAUGAGAAAAAUUAUCAGAGUAAAAAAAAAUUAGUGAAUAGUGCUCACAACGUCGACAUUCCCGAAGACCGUGAAUUACGUGAUAUCACGGUAUCUUGGAAAGAAUGACAAUAAUGAACGAAGAGAAUGAAAAUGUGACAAACUGUGCUCGAUAGAGACUAGGAGAAAAAAUAGAACGUUGCAUUCUUACUUUUUUUUUUUUUUAAUCGAAUAAAAUAUUUUUAGUAAUUCACUGAAUCAAUCAUUAAUAAUUAUUCACAAUGGAAGGAAGGGGAUGUAUUUGAUAGUCCAACAACAUCCCCAUAAUAAGAUAUCGUUAUCGAAACGCAAUGCAAAUACAUAGUACCUUCUUAGUCGUAAAUCAUAUAUCUACAUAUAUACGGCUAUAAUUUUAGCUUCAUCCAUAACAUAUAGUAUUUCAUUCAUAAUCGUAAAACGGGCACGUGUUAUUAAUAGCACCGCGAUUAACAAAUAUUUUUUUCUUUUCUUUUUUCUUUUCUUUUAUUUUAUUUUAUUUUAUUUUAUUUUUUUUUAUAUAGAGAGAACAACGAUAUCGAUCGACGAAAGUAAAUAUCGAUUGAUCGUUAAUGGGUAUCCAUGUGGAGUCAUAUUUUUUUUGUCCUUUUAGAAAUAACUAAUCUAUCGUGUGCCGUCCCUUCCUGUAAGGAUGAUGAAUUUUCGCGUUUUUAUAGUUCACCGAUAAGAUAUAUAAUACAUUUGAAAACCGUUCAUGCGCCUCCGUCAUAUGUAAUAUAUCAUCUUUUAAUACACAUCGAUAAAGAAUAUUUUUCCAUGUAGAUUUUGUAGGGAUAUAUAUAUAUAUAUAUAUAUAUAUAUAUAUAUAUAUAUUCUGUCGUUAACUGAUAAAUCGCGAAAUUGUGUAUAUUAUUUUUUUAUCCUAAAGUAUUCCACUAUGUAAGUAUAUAUGGAUAUAGUUAUAGAUACGAAUAUUUUUUGGAAUAUUAACAUCGUGAAAAGACAGAACGUAAAGACAGAAUACAUUCGUAAGAUUUAUGAUUUUGCGUACGAUACUUUAUUAAAAUCAUUCGAAUAUAAAUUAUCAUUGUUGGUUUUACCUAUGUAAAAUUGCGAUAUGUAUAAUAUAAAAUAUUAGAUGAUACAAUAGAUACAUAUUUUGUUAUUGUUGUUGUUGUUGGUUGCUUGAAUAUGUUCCUUUAAGUAUUAACUAAACGAAAAUCAACUAAAUAAAGAUAGUAUCUUCUCGUUAAUGUUAUUUACUGUAAUUUAAUUUAUCUUUAAUUUAAUCAAAGAAAUCAAUUAGAUUGAAACGCGUGUACUUGAAGAGGAAUAAAAAAAAGGAAAAGAAAAAUAAUCAUUUAAAGUAACAUUCCAAUUAUGCUUAAGUUUUUACACGUUUAUUUAACAUUUAUUUGUGUAUGUAUACAUUAUUCCUAAAGCAGAUUUUGCAUGAGAGUAUUAAAAAAAAAUAAAUAAAUAAAUAAAACAAACAACACCAGAAAAUCUAAUUUUUCUUCUAUCAACUUUAUGUCAUCGACAUUUAAAUAGAAAGGUCUGGGACGAAAUGUUCUCAAAAUAUAUAUGUAUAUCCAAAACUUCAUAGUGCAUGUAAUCGUAUUAAAGCUGAAAUAUUAUAUGUAGGACCAAUAAGAUUGUGAAUAAAAGUGAUAGUAUUAAAUAUUACGAAACACAGAUAUAAUAAUAAAAAAAAAAAAAAACGUAACAGCGCCGUCCCAAUAAUUAACUUUUUCGAUUGGUGCUUCCACCUAUAUAUUAUAAAGCUUAAAAAACAACCAAGAGAACGCAUAACGAUAAGUAAAAAAAAAUAUUAGACAAAAAAAAGUCCAGAAGCGUUAGACUGAUACCGCACAAAUCGACUUUAGCGCAAAACAAAAACAGAGUCAAUUUUUAAUAUAAAAAUCGUUGCCUUAAAUCACUUACGACAAUGUAUAUGCAUGUAACACGGCAAUUAUUCCGGAAGAAAGUAAAAUCUCCAUGUAGGUAUAUAAAUAUAUUAUUUGUAUUAUUCCAAGCGUUAAUAAUUAUUUUUACCUAAUUAACGCGAGCGAAUGCAAAUAAAGAGGACUUGUAAAUAAUCUAUAGCUCUAUAUAGAUAUUUGUCAAUUACCGUUAAUGUGACAUUUUUUUUUCGAACGAAUAAAGAGAAGAGAAAAAAGUUGGAAAAGUAAUAUAUAUAUAUUUGUUAUAUACAAUAUAUAUAUAUAUAUAUAUUCGUAUACAUACGUAUAUAUUUAUAUUUAUAAGAGCCCAUUAUUGCUAAAGAUUAAUAUCCGAAAAGAAAAGGGGAAUAAAUCAGAUAUUAUCGCGGGCAGCGUUGAAGAAUAAAGAAAUAAAUAAAAAGUAACGAGCAAAAAAAGCAAGAUGGAGGAGUGGAGGGAAAUAAAAAUGACGUUUAAACGAUCCCGCGUGCGCGCGCGCGGGAAAAAGCGAGCGCGGGCGAGAGAAUAAUAAUAAUAAUAAAAAAAAAGAGAGAGAGAGAAACAAAAAGAGAGGAAAGAAAUCAAAAAAAAAAAAAACAGAAAAACGAAAAAAAAACGAAAAAGGAGAGAGAGGGAAAGAGAAAGAAGGGGAGAAAAAAGGAAGAAAACGACGAAACGAGCCGAAAAAAGAAAAAGAAGAAAAAAAACAGGGAAAAGGAAAAAAGAAGAGAAGAGAAGGAAAAAAAAAAUAGAGAAAGAAAAAGGUGAGCGAAAGCGAUUUAUCCGGAUCGAUGCGAUCAAGGAUGUCAUAAAGGUCGGCGGCGUAGAGCUUUUUUUUCGAGGUCAAGCGGAUAUCCAAAACGAGCGUCACGACGACGAUUUAAUUCGGUGGUCGCGGCGCGUAGAACGCGCGUUACGCGAUGCUCGUGUGUCGAAGGCAUUUUUUUCUCUUGGUUUGUGUGUGUGUGUGCGCGUGUGUACGUCUGUCUCUUUCUCUCUGUACGAGUCUCUCGCGUGACUCUUCCUCUUUUUUUCUCUACCUCCAGUUUCCUCCCUUGCCGCGCGGCACCCUCCCGACAAAACAAUUGGUUAGGAGGAUGGCUUGCCAAGGGGUGGGAGGAGGGCGGUUAGUCGGUUGCGUGGGAGGAGGAGGAGAUGAUGGAGGUAGAGGAUGAGGAUGAGGAUGAGGAUGAAGAGGAGGAAGGCGAAGCGAAGAGGGAGGAAGAAGGGAGAUUGGCGCAAUACAACGCGCGGAGCCUGGAUGAGAGAGAUGAAGUGGCAGAUUAACGUCAACCGACGUGGGCCAUUCAUAACGGGGCUCUUUCGCCGGUGUGCGCCUCGCGUAUGUACGAACUCUCCGCUACGACGAUUUAUAGAAUUGGAAAAACGAUAUCGGAAAAAUAGUAAACUUUAUUGAUGAAUCCCUUCUACCGGAGCUCUCUAAGCGAUAUCGCGUGGAACUGCUGCCACCGCCGCCACCACCGCUGCUGUUGAUGGUGGUGGUGGUGGUGGUGGUGGUGGUGGUGGUGGUGCUUCUGCUACUGCUGCUGGUGGUGCUACUGCUGGUGGUGCCGUAGAGGUGGAGGUGGAGGUGGAGGUGGAGGUGGCGGCCCAGAGAGUCCGACCACAUUCCCGCGGUGCUACAGGUGGCAUGUAAGCCAAUCGUCGAUUCCGUAUAUACACCCCCGCCCUCCCUACCUCCCUACCUCCCUCCAUCCAUCCCUUCCUCCCUCUCACCCUUUGACUGACACUUGCCACUCUUCGUUAAACGUUUUCAAAGCGCGCACGACCCGAUCUCGCGUGGUGCAUGAAAAAGAAAAAAGAGGAGAGAAAAAGAAAAACAGAAAAAAAGAAAAGAAAAAAGGAGAGAGAGAGAGAGAAUCGGAGACAGAGAAAAAGAACUACCUAACCAUAAAUCUGUCCACGUGUUUGUCACAGUCGUCGUCGUCGUCGUCGUCGUCGUCGUCGUCGGCCUCGUCAUUCUUGUUGUCAGGGUUGCAUCGGACGUUUUCUCUCGAAGAAACCCCCUUUUUUCUCUUUUAUAUUCUUUUUCUCUAGUUCGUAGAAAUAAGAGACGAUCUUUUACAAGGGCCUGACUUGAACGAACAUACAGUCGACUAGAAUCAAGACAUUCGUAGUCGAAUAGAAGAAUAUCGUUAGAAACAUAGACGGAUUUAAGGAACGAACGAUCGUUUGAUUUCGUUUUUAACGGAUUCGUCCGUUCGUUGGAACCAUUCCCAUUGGAGUCGGUGUAAAGAGAGGCAGGACACGAUCGAUCGAUUUCGAGCUUUCUCUGUCUCUCUCUCUCUCUCUCUCUCUCUCUCUCUCUCUCCGUCUCUCUAUCUAUCUAUCUAUCUCUAUCUCUAUUUCUCACUCGUUCUCUCUCUCUCCCUCUCUCUCUCUAUCUUUUUCUUUCUUAUUCGAAGGGAAAAGAAAGAGAAUCAUUUAAGAACGUCGUCGUAAGUUUUUUCAUGGCGUCGAAUAGUAAUCGAACGGGUCGACGAAGUAGAGUUCUACCUGAUGGAGUCAGGCCGAUGGUGAUACCGGAUGGACUUGUUCGGAGAGGAACAAGAGAUCGUUGGAGGACCAGUGGAAGGAAAAAGAAAGAAAGAGAGAGAGAGAGAGAGAGAAAGGGUAGAUAAUAUAAGACGAAAGGAUUUUGGUGUUUGGUUCCGUCUGGGUUGGACGAACGCAGCGACGAAUCUCUUGAAGAAGACAAGAGAAGGAGUAGCAAAGAAAAAGACAGAGAUAGAGACACACAAAGAGAGAGAGAGAAAGCGAGCUACGGGUUCCGUAGCUUUUACGGGCUUUAAUAUCGCGACAUUCCCUUUAUUGUGGGAACGGGGCACAACGCGAGAUCCACUUUAAUCCUAAUAUACCAUACGUAUUCGGCCGCGGCGAAAGUGAUGCCCCGCCCUGCUACAUAAAAAAGAAAUUUUCAAGUCCCAAUCGAGUCGAACCGGACGAGAUCAUCGUGCAGACAUCAUCGGGACGAUGACGCGCACGCUAUGCCAUCGAGAUCUUGCCGAAAGUCCCGCAAGAUGGCGGCUCGUAUCACAAGAGAGACUACGCCAGUAUGGACAAAACAUCUUCCAACGGCGAUGUUUGUCCGAGGUAUCGGCGAAACUCUUGUCCGCGGUUCAACGGGAAAAUAUAUAUUUCCAUGGGGAUUCUGGCAAAUAGAAAUAAAAAUUUUUCUCUGAAUAAACUCGGCCAGGUCGUUCACCGACGAUCAACAAAAAAUUUCGAUCGAUUCGUGACGUUAGAUAAUUGAUUGAAAAUAUCUUUCUCGGACGACCAGUCAAUAGUUGUUACGUCGUGGGGCAGAGGCAAGGGAGAACGUGCACCAAGCCCAGAAGGACGUCCUGUGACGCAUUCAAUUGAAAAUCUCAAGGCACCCUCAUACACCGUCGGAAGAUAAUAUAUAGGGUUACAUUACAUGCAAAAUCGAUCACUUAUUUCGACUGGGAAUAAGACUUUUUAAUAAAAUCCUGCGUUUUCUUUUCCCUUUUU